CACAACCACCCAUUUUCCACGUGUCGUCUUCUACAGCAACUCGAUCUUCAAUUGACCAGAUUUCGUCCUCAAAUACACGUGGCACUUUUCCAUAAGCCAUUUCCAUGAGCUUAUCAUGGAAGCGGCAACAUAGGAUUCCAGUUUCCCUUUCAACGUUCUUGAAAUCGCUACAAAGGAACUUACUAGCCGUUUGAACUCCAUCGGUAGCUAACCUUUUUCACUCUCUUUCUGUGAAUCCACCGCAAACUUCUGAAUAGAAAUCUAACAAUCUUGAGCUUUGAAUAUCCCCUUCCUUGGCAAGAAAUGAAUGGAGUCAGAGGAAAAUUCAUGAAGAAGCUCAAAUCUAUGAAGCCACCCAUUGUGUAUCUCAAACAAGAUCGAAUUCUUCAGGUCAUUGCUCCAAAUGGGUACUCCGAUUUCUUCACCAGAAGCGAAAAUCUCGAAGCCAAUGUUCAGAAAUCGAACCACAAAAAUGAUAUCAAUUUGUUGAAGGAAAACAGAGAUUUCGCCAUUGACGAUGAAGAAACAGAGGAGUCUGGUUUCGCCGUUGAAGAUAAAGAGAAUAUCGAGCCGUCCGGUAAAUCGAAUAGAGGGAUUGGGGAUUCUUUGUGUUUAAGAGCUGGGAAUUGUUUGCCGGAAUCGAAACGAGAAACCCCGUUGUCGGAAAUUGACAUCUCGUCUUUCCGGCGGCCGGAUAUGAACUCCGGGAGCCUGUUUGACCCAAAUUUACUUGAGGUUUUUCAUCAGGCAGUGAUGGAGUAUAUGAAAAUCAGGGAAGCCGAGAUGAAAUGUGGAAUCGAAAUUGAAGAACACGAGGAGGAAGAAGAAGAAGAAGAAGAAGAGGAAAAACAGAUUUCAUCGGAGAUUCCUCUGUUUAUGUUCGAAGAAAAAUGCCCACCAGGGGGAUCGGACUCUGUAAUUCUUUACACGACGACUCUAAGAGGAAUAAGGAAAACGUUUGAGGAAUGCAACAGUAUAAGGUUUCUUUUGGAAACGUUUAGAGUGAAAUUUUUCGAGCGGGACGUUUCGAUGCAUACCGAGUUUAAAGAAGAGUUAUGGAGAGUUUUGGGUACAAAGAGAGCUUUACCUCCAAAGCUGUUCAUCAGGGGAAGGUACAUUGGUGGAGCAGAGGAGGUUUUGGGGCUGCAUGAGCAGGGCAAGCUCCGGCCGUUGUUCGAUGGUGUUCCGAUCGAUUGUUUUGCUGGGAUCCCGUGCGAAGGGUGUGGCGGAGUCCGAUUCGUGCUCUGUUUCAACUGCAAUGGGAGUAAAAGAGUUGUUGAUGAGAGUGAUGAACAAAGGAAUUGCCCAGAAUGUAAUGAAAAUGGACUGAUUCUUUGUCCUUAUUGCUGCUAAAGAAAACCAAGGAUUUGUCUUUGAUUAUGUAAAUUGGGUUUUGAAUGUUACAAAUUCGUUUGUGUUGAGAUUCUUUUAUACAGAACAAGUUCAAGUUCAAC